AUGGUCUUGGUCUCAGAUUCGGAUUCGGAUUCGGACAAGCUCCGUCUCCUUAGCACCUGGAACCAGGUUGCCAUGCGAGCCUAUGUUCGGCAAGUGUUUUGCCUGAAGCUCAAUGACAAGCUGGACGACUUUGAUGAGCUGUGCACUCGCAUCCAAGGUGCCCUCAGCCUUGCAUGUCGACGAUUCCCCCACUUUGCUGGCAAGAUCUGUCUUGGGCCGGAAAAGGGUAAGGUGUACCUGUCUACGACGCCAAAUGAUGUAGUCUCUUUCAAGUUUUUUGACAAUCGACGGGACAUUGACCCCUUACCCUUUGGCUGGAGUUACCCGGAGCUGGCGGCCCAGGGUUUCCCCUGCAAGGCCUUUGUUGGGCCCUGGUUUGGUCUGUCGUAUGACUUGACACCGGACGGGCCUGGAGCGCCCGUUACUGAGGUUCAUGCACGCGUUAUCCGAGGCGGUGGUCUCUUGCUGUGCGUCUUUAUUCAUCAUUCCAUCUCGGAUGGCAUUGGCAUGUGCAAUUUUGUGUCGAACUUUGCGGCUCACACGUUUCAGCACGCGUCGGCUGCGGUUGUCCAUGGCCUUGUCAAUGGCGGUGCCGUCAAUGGCGAUGCUGUCAAGGUCGACCUUGGAUAUCCCACCAACAUAGACGUCGACAUCCCCGAGGACAAGACGGCCGCUCUUGUCAAGAAGCUGUCCUUUGAGGGACUCGUCAAGAAAUGCCCCGAAUACACCAUACUGCCAGAACCAACAGGACCGACUGCGCCUUGCAACCGCCAAGCCUGGCCGACUGCUCUUGGCGAUGUUCCCAAGACGGGACGCAUCUUUAAAUUCAACCAGGACAAGAUUGGAAUGCUCAAGUCCCUGGCACAAAAAUGGGCCAAGGGCAACGUUAUUUUUGCCAACGGCGUCUGUCCAUCGACCUUUGCCUGUCUAGCGGCCGUUACGUGGUCAUUCUGCACUGUUGCACGACUGGAAUCUCAUCAGCCACAAAAGUCCACGACGGCAAAUAACAACCACUCCAAUAUUACCAACGGCACAGACAAGGGCAAGGGUCUUCAUGUGCGAAGCUCGACCGCCAUGGCGCACCUACUGGUUCCGGCGUCGUGGAGAAGGCGUGCGUUUGAGCAUGGUUUAGACGGAUAUGCAAGCAAUGCAGUUUGCAUGCCCAGAAUUAGCGCCAGCGUCGAUAGUCAUUUUGCGAUUGGCGAUGACAGGGAAGAGACAGCAUCAGCAUCAGCAACAUGUCCAAAGGCGUCACCAGCCACAACUUCAACUAGGGAAGAGGAGCUUGGCAAGCUGAUAUGCAUGAUCGACGCAUCUAUAAAGGCCAUCGACGAUAAGAGCGUCACGAUGCGGACGGCCAUGUUUCGAGCCGCGCCGGACCCUCGUCUUGUGGGCGUCAACAUUGAUCCCCAGGAUCCGCUGGACUUCAUCGUCAACUCAUGGCGUCACCUGGGUGGCGAUAUCGCAUUUGGACUGCCGGGACUGGAGCCCGGAGACGAACCGGGUUCACGCGGGAGAACAGCCGAUGCAGUACGUCGUGCGCAGCCGGCGUGGAAUAUGGGUGCCGGGCUUGUACUACCAGGGAAGAAGCGAGAUUCGCCGUAUGAGAUAUUGGUGACGUUGGAUGAGGAGUCUAUGGGGCGGCUGCUAGCGAACAGGGAGUGGAUGAAGUGGGUGAGCGAGACGAUUGAGUGA